UCUUCCUUCCCUAUAGUCGACUUUUGUUUACUAAAGCUUAUUAACGCCUUGGUCACCGUACAGAGGGGAGAGAAAUUCAAUAGAUCCACAUCGACCUGACGUCGCGCUGUCACUUGCCUGGGCACCGAUUGUGUGCUGUUCAUUCUCUACUGCCCCUAUUCGUGUGUUAUCUCUACCAUUGUGUGUGGUUAUUUGUACUUAUGGCCCUGCCAGGUUCCUAAUUUAUUUGGAAUUUUUUUCACUUUCUCUCCUUUUGUGUUUUUUUUGUUGGUCUAUAUUUGGUUUCAUGGCUGCUUCCGACAAGACCAAUACCUCUGAUACCGAACGACUCACCGUCAUCCUUCUUAAUGGCCGGAAUUAUAUGCCAUGGAAGUGCGCUGUCACAGUUGCACUUGGUGGACGAUCUAAAGAAUCUCAUCUGACUAAUCGAGCUCCAGCCAAAACAGAUGUCUUCUACACGGUUUGGAAAGCAUCUGACAAUCAAGUACUAACUUGGUUGUUCAACUCAAUGGAACCUGAUGUUUAUGAACUCUUUGCAUAUUCUGAUACUGCCUCGGUGGCACAACACUUCGGGCAUGAACACAACGCCUCUCGCAUUUUUAAGCUCCAACAAGAAAUCCACACGACCCACCAGCUUUCUUUCCAGUCAUUCAUUGAUUACCUUGGCCAAUUAAGGAAAAAAUGGGAUGAGCUUCGACAGUAUCGUCCCACAGCAGCGGCAGUGACUGACUAUGUGACCCGAGAGGAGCAAGAUCGGGUAUUUACUCUCCUUGCCGGUAUCCGACCAGAAUAUGAGUCUCUUAAGCGUCAGAUUUUCAUGACUUCUCCCUUUCCCUCCUUCACAUCUGUUUGCAACCUCAUUCAUCAAGAAGAGACACGUACUCGUGCCAUGAGGCCGAUGUCCCCCGCUGCCAGUGAACGCAUCGACCAUUCUGCAUACCACUUGCCUGCCCGGGAGAUUCUGUUACCCAAUGCAGGUACUUCCUCAUCCUCUACUUUUAUUUCUACACCUACAUGUUACAUGGGACAUUCUGGUCCUAAAGGAAGAGGGAAAAGGCAUGGUAGCAACAGAUACCACUGUGAUCACUGCAACAAAGAUGGUCACUCCCGUGAACGAUGUUGGCUACUGCACCCACACUUAAAAAAGGAGCACAUUAUUGGUGCAAAUAGUAUUAUAUCACAACCAUCUUCAGUAGAAUUACUUGGUGAUCUCCAAUCUACAUUGGGAAAACUUGUUGUUCAUCUACAAAAAUACCUUAACCUUGGCACCACUGGAAAAUCUUCUGAUGCUAGUCACCUCGUCCAUGGUUGGUGAUAUUUCAGGACACUCGCACCGGGAGGAAGAUUGGUGAAGGUCCUUGUCAGAAUGGUCUCUACCUGCUUCCCACGUCAACUAUGGGCCUUUCAGC